CUGCAAACUUUGACAAGCUGCACCAACAGACAUAUGAAAAGGUCAACGGUUCCUGUCCGUAAACCGUGAUUGUGAUAUUAAAAAACAAAAAACUUAGCGUCCAAAGUUACAUAUCACUCCGUGCGGUGUAAUAAAUUCAGGUGGAUUGAAUUUAAAAUCUGAGAGGCCCGAUAAUUUCGUCAAAUAAAUUUAGGAGUGCUACCUACUUUUGUGUUUCCUUAUCAGAAACUAACAAGAACAGCACGGAUAUAUCGGGUGUUUAUAUCUGGAAUUUGGAUUUCACAAUGAAAAUGGAUAUUUUGAAUUUGUUUCCGGGAUUUAUUGAGCUGUGUUUGAUUCUAACUCUUUCAGUGUGUUCUGUUGAAGCGGUGUAUUUCUGUACGACCUACAGACCAUAUAUCCGUCAGGAGUACUGCUACAAUGACCAAGACUGCUGCGGCUCCUACUACAACAGAUACUGCUGCUCUUCUCUUACUACUGGACAAGUGAUCGGGAUCGGAGUUGGUUGUCUGAUUGGAAUCGUGAUUACGAUAAUUGUUAUUGUCGUCUGCUGUAACCUUAUGAAUAAGAACAGAGGUAGGACCGGUCGAGUUGUCUACCCUAACAAUGGCAGCGGAAACGUCACCGUAGUGAACUCAUCUCAUCAGUCACAUCCAACAGGAUUUACAGGUGCUCCAGUACCACCCCCUAGCUAUGGACAGUCUGCAUUUCCCGCACAACCUGGACAAGCAUAUCCCCCCGCAGGACCUGGACAAGCCUAUCCCCCCGCAGGGCCUGGACCAGCUUAUCCCCCCGCAGGACCGUCACAGUACCCUCCAUAUUACAGCCAGACAGACCCCGCUCAAUAUCCCCAGAAGUACUGACGAAGUACGAAUUCGUCUCUAAAGGCAGUUUUUGUCUGUGAUAUAUAUUGUUACAUCUGGAAAUGAUUAAAAUGAUAUUCUAAUGAU